AUGUCUGCGCACCACUACAAUGAUAUUCGUCGCGAUGGGUUCAUCUCAGCCUUUGGCCGCUUCAUGACAGACCCGGGUCGUAUGGAUCGAAUCGCAGGUUCUCAACUUCGGAGCAUGUUUUUGCCAAAGCUGUCACGCGAAGGGCAGAAGGCAUUAAGAGAUAACCCCGACUUCGUCCGUCAUCAGUUGAAACACUAUGGGGUGCAAUUCGAAGAACGUGAAUUCACUGGCAAGGGAACUGCAUUAAUGAAGGCAGCCCUCCAAGCUGGGAAGUGCGAUCAGGUCCCUGAUCACAUUAUGAAGCUGCAAAAGCAGAUGCAUGCAGAUUGGAUCAGCGAACGUUCCCCCGAGCAACUCUCUUCCCACCCUGACUGGGUCAUGCAAAAGUAUUUCUUAUCUGCUGAUCAACCUGAUCGUACAAAAACGACCACUGUCAUUGGCAUACCCCUUGAUCGACACAGCCAAUAUCGUUCCGGGCAGAUGAUUGAAGCUGCCAGCAAGAUCACUGGUCUGCACCAUAUGAGAGCCUUUGGACCGAAGGCUCAGGUGAUUUUCAUGGAGCAGCCGUGGAGAAGGCAGCCAAUCAGCCCUGUCGAGGAGGCAAGGCGAAUACAGGACGAGGAAGACGAGCGGGAGAAUGAGCGAGAACAAAUACAUAUGGACUAUCUCAACAGCCUUAGCCAGCAGACAGAGGAUGUCACCCCCGUCGGCACCUACAUUGUUGACAGUGAGACUAUUGAGAGGGAGUACCCAGACAUGGCAGGUGAUCUCAGCCUUGACAUCCAUCGGACCGAUACACCUGGUGUUUUCAAAGCCGACUUUGAUUUCGGAAUUCUUGAAGGGGUUAUGAUUAUCUGUUCCGAGAAGUUUGCCCUGGAUGAAUACUGCGCUCAAGCCGAUCGCGACGAUGAAUCCGACUGGAACGAUUCUAUGGAUGAAGAGGGAUCCGAAGAGGAGACUGAUGACGAGGAUAGCGUUCCAACCAAGAGGACCGUCAAGCUAGGCGCUAAGAGAAAUCCACCGGCUUCUAAACCUAUGACGAGGCCGAAGAAGUAUAAGGCAGGGCAAGAUCAGGCCCGCAAAUUUCUGCUCAAGCUCAAAUGCCGCGAGAUGGGAGAAGGCGUGAUCCACUUCCAGGCAAGCAAAGGCACUAUCAACUUCAAGGAUAAAAACUUCGCUAGCUUCGAAGGAGUGGCGGAUUUCCCCGGCGUGGGUCAGGGGGUAUCUUUUUUUGCACGCAAGAUUUCUGAUUUGCCUUGUCCAUCUGGAAACGAUUGGGCCGACUAUUCGGAGCGACAAUAUGAGAUAGAACGGGUCAGGAGAUGGCACUAA